AUUCUGUGUUGAUCAUGAGUACAGCCAAUGGUUCAUCUUCAUCUAAAGAUGAUAACAGUAGCUGUCCUGAUAUCAGCAAAUACUUGUCGGUAUUGCUGGAUGAAGAAUCGUCGGAAGAUGAUGAUUCAAACGAAACAAAAUGUAAUGAUAUCACCAAAAAUGAUUCAUCUACAACCAAAGAAAGUGAUGAAACUUUCCAAGUUUUGAAUAAUCCAAACAUUGAUGAUUCGGAAUCAUCAGAAUUAGAAGAGCUAUCAGUGCUAAAUGACAUAGUUGAUGUAAAUCCAGAAUUCAUUUUAACUACCAUUCUUUUCAAUCAAGUUCAGCCUAAGAAAGUUAUUUGCAGUUCUUCAGCUUCAAUCAAAUUUAUAAGUGUGCUUAAAACUCUAGUUAAUGGCGAAUUAUCACCUGGACAUGACCUUGCUGACCAGAAGAAGCUAAUAUUACUUCCUGGCAAAGAAUAUGCAUAUGAUGCUUGCCGCAGACAAAUACUGUCGCUAAAAUUGCCUGGAGCUCAUUGUGAUAUGAAUCCUGAAGAACAACGAUGGCAUGUUCAAUCUAAGUUUGAUUUGCAGUCUGAAUCAAUGGUUCUUGCUUUGGGGAUGCUGUUGAAGUGUCUAGAAAAGUCAUUUGUACAUUUGAACCUUGAAGCUGGCGAUAACAAAGCUCCUAUUAAUUCAAUUACAGAUAUUAAUUUAGAAAAUUUGGUAAAUAUGGACACGGAAACUUUCCGAGCUUUAAAAAUAUUCAAUCAAAUUUCUCAUCCUUCAAAUUUCAUGAAAGGAUUAGUCAGCAGUAACAAAGAAGGACUAAGUAUAUUUGGAAUUUUCAACAGAUGUAAAACAGUAGCUGGAAGUAAAUUCAUGAGAGUAAUGCUUCUUCAGCCAUCUCAUGAUCUUGAAGUUCUAAAUAAUCGACUUGAUGUGGUUGAGUUUUCUUACAAUCCAAGAAAUGAUGAAAUCAUAAAGUGCAUGGGAGAUCAUUUAAAAUCUAUUAAAAGUAUAAAUAAAAUAAUGUCCCGUCUCAUGGCUGCUCGAGCUUCUAUUAAUGAAUGGAAGACAUUGCAUAAGACAAUUUAUCAUUGCAUUUCUCUUGGUGAACUUUGUAGACGUGCUUCAUCACAAGCAAAAUUAUUUGAAGAGAUAUCUCUUUGUAACACUGAAACAAUGUAUCAUAUCAUUCAUUGCAUUGACAGUAUUAUUGAUUUUACUGAAUCAGAAAGACUCAACAAGUUUUCUGUGAAAAGUGGUCUGGAUGAAGAACUUGAUCAAAAAAAGUAUAAAUAUAGUAAGUUACAUGAAGUAAUGUCAAAUUUGGCAAAAUCUGAAUUGGGAACAUUACCACCUCACGUUCAAGAAUGUUCUGUGGUUUACAUUCCUGAGAUUGGUUACCUUCUUGCUAUAACAGAAUGGAAAACCAAUGUGUCUGAAGAUGAGGCACUAAUCCCUGGUUUAGAUUUAAUGUUUUCUGCUGGGAGCACAUUAUAUUACAAAAGUGCAAAAACACGUGAACUAGAUAGCAGAAUUGGGGAUUGUGUGGUUGAAAUAUCUGAACAUGAAUCACGAAUAAUGGUUCAAUUGGUGCAGUUUCUUCAGGAACAUGUAUCUCACCUUCAGCACAUGAUUGCUUUAUCUGCUCAACUUGAUUGUUUGAUAUCUUUAGGAACAGUAGCACGGGAAAACAAUUAUGUACGUCCAGUCCUCACUGAUACUCGGAUCAUUAAUAUACAAAAUGGAAGACAUCCCUUACAGGAGUUAUGUGUCAAUGAUUUUGUCCCUAAUGACACCUUCUCUGGUGGUAAACAAGACACACAUGGCCUUAUGAAAAUUUUGACAGGUCCAAAUGCAUGUGGAAAGAGUGUGUAUCUCAAACAGAUUGCUCUUAUUAUAUAUUUGGCUCAUAUUGGAAGUUUCGUACCUGCAACAAGUGCAACCAUUGGUCUAGUGGAUCAUAUUCAUACACGUAUACAGACUGUUGAAUCGGUAGCCACACAAAUAUCUGCAUUUGCUAUUGAUGUGAAACAGAUGAUACUAUGUUUGUAUUCAUCAACACCAAAUUCACUAAUUAUCGUGGAUGAAUUUGGAAAAGGCACAUCAGAAGGUAGUGGACUUGCUUUACUCGCUGCUUGUUUGCAGCAUUUCUUGAGCCGGGGAAGUAAAUGCCCACAUGUAUUUAUAUCUACUCAUUUUCAUCGCAUAAUAAAUAUGCUCCCUAACAGCCCACUUUGUUCUUUCCAGACAUUGGAAUACAUGAUGGAUGAUAAUGAUCAAAUAGUUUAUUUAUAUAAACUGAAAGAUGGAAAUGUCACUUCUAGUUUGGCUGUAAAAGUUCUUCAAUCUCUAUCAAUAGAAGAGAAAAAUGUGAAGAAAGCAUCAGAGUUUCUUGAAGCAAUGAGUUCAGAUAAACUAAUAACAAGAGAUCUUGCAUCAAGAAGAGCUAUUCAAAUAAAUAUGAGAAGAGAAAUUGCUUCCAAGUUCUUGUCUUCAGCAUUUUCUGCAGAAGAACUUCAGAAACUUACAUGUCUUCUAGAAAAAUUUAAAGAAAAAUGGGGAUAAGAAUAUAAAAAACUUUGUAUAUUAAUUGAAAUGUUUUCAAUAAUCAAUAUAAUAUGAAUGCUG